AUGAGUCUGCCUGGACUGCUCGGACUGGAGUCUGCGGGGUGGGUAUCUGGACGGCGUGUCCUGGGGGCUGACUGCUGCCUGGCUUGGGCGUGGGACGGACAGGGUGGCGCUAGGGUGGUGGCUCGGGGGGGGGGGACUGCUUGGCGGGGACUUUCGGCGGCUGGGCUGACUCUCGCUGGGCUGCUGAGUUUCUCGCUGGGACUAGACUCUGGGCUGGAGCGCACUGUGCUGGCUGUGGUAACUGGGGGGCGGGGCUGCUGGGGUGGCCUUUUUUAG